AAAAGAUCAGUGCUCAGAAUUAUCCAGAGCAAGGACCACAGCUGGUGUAACCUCCAGGUGUGGACAAGAUGGAGACCAAUUCCUCUUUUCCCAUGAAUGUGACUACAGGAACCCAGGCUGUCCCUGCUGGCUACAUUGUCCUGGAUGUCUUCUCUUAUUUGAUCCUCGUCGUUACCUUUGUCCUCGGUGUGCUAGGCAAUGGGCUUGUGAUCUGGGUGGCCGGCUUCCGCAUGACACGCACAGUCACCACCAUCUGUUACCUGAACCUGGCCUUAGCUGAUUUCUCUUUCACCUCCACUUUGCCAUUCCUCACGGUCACCAGAGCCAUGGGAGGACAUUGGCCUUUUGGUUGGUUCAUGUGCAAGUUCAUUUUUACCAUAGUGGACAUAAACCUGUUUGGAAGUGUCUUCCUGAUUUCUCUCAUUGCUUUGGACCGCUGUAUUUGUGUCCUGCAUCCAGUCUGGGCCCAGAACCACCGCACUGUAAGCCUGGCCCGGAAGGUGAUCAUUUGUCCAUGGAUUUGUGCUUUCCUCCUUACUUUACCAGUUAUCAUUCGUGUGACUACAAUGACAAAUAUCCAUGGCACAGGGAAAACAGCCUGCACUUUUGACUUCUCACCUUGGACCAAAGACCCUAAAGAGAGGCUUGAAAUUGCUAUCACCAUGCUAAUAGUCAGAGGAAUCAUCCGAUUUAUUAUUGGCUUCAGCACACCUAUGUCAAUUGUUGCUAUCUGCUAUGGUCUUAUCGCUACCAAGAUGCACAAGCAAGGCCUGCUCAAAUCCAACCGUCCCUUACGGGUCCUGUCUUUUGUUGUAGCUGCGUUUUUAAUCUGUUGGUGCCCAUAUCAGGUAGUGGCCCUCAUAGCCACAAUCAGGGUCCGUGAACUCUUGGUUGGCCUAGGGAAAGACCUUCGAGUUGUUGUGGAUCUGACAGGCUCCCUAGCCUUUUUCAACAGCUGCCUCAACCCAAUGCUCUACGUCUUCAUGGGCCGGGACUUCCGAGAGAGAUUGAUCCACUCUCUGCCAGCCAGUUUGGAGAGGGCCCUGAGUGAGGAAUCAGCUCAGACCACUGACACAGGAAACAGUUCUGCUUCACGUCCAGCAGAGGCUGAGUUACAGGCAAUGUGAGGAUGGAGCUGGGGGUACUUUUGAGCUCCCACUUCCAGCUUCAUCUGCCUUGAGUUACACUUGUGCUGCAGGCAUUCACUGCUGAUCUUAGGGUCGGCCACUCAUCGGGAAAAAUUCUCUGUACACUCUGAUUUGGGGAAGAGAAAUAGGCAUGAGAGUUUUAUUGAUGUCUGUUUUGAUUUUUGGACCUCAGCCCAUGAUGGUAAGUGGUGAAAAAAGAUAAGUAGAUCAUGCAUCCUUGUUAGCUUGAAACAAUCCUGAAUGAUAGUUAUUACUCUAGCAUUACUAUGAAUAAUGUCUGUGUCCAUUUUCAACAGUGUCGUGUUGUGGACAAGAAGUAUAUGGCCACCCUAGAAAAAUGAAGGAGGGAGAGGCAUCGCGUAAUGUGACAAGGCAUUGCUUAAAUUAGGAGAUAUAAAAAGUACUUUCUUAUUUUUUAUUCUCUCUUUUUUACAUAGUGUAUAUUACUUGUACAAAGGGGUUUUGUUGUGAUAUUCCCAUACACGCAUAUAAUGUAUUUUGAUCAAAUUCACCCCCUAUUACUGUUUCUGAUGCCUCCUCCCCGCUGAAAGGAGACACUCAGCCUUUAUUGUCAGUAAGUAAAACUAUAAAGUCAUGAAGAUAUCACCUGAAGAGGACUGAGAAUGUAACUUGGUGAUAGAGUGCUUGCAGAGAAUGCACAAGGCCCUAGGUUCAUCCACCAGAACUGCCCUCCCCUGACCGAAACAGGCAAAUAGAUAUCACCCAAAGAUACUUAGUCCUCUGAACUACUCUUGCACUUGCCUAAUCCCUUGUGUUAUGAAC